CCUAGCAACUGGAAAAUUGUGAGCGCCGGAGGGAGUUUCGGAAGUGUUUCAGAUGGUCUAAAAAAUGAGAAGAAAGUCAAGAAAGUUAAACUUAAGGUUGGUGGUGUUACGCGUACCAUCGAUGCCAAAUCUGUAGGUGAUAGUGCAUUUGGCGCUGGGUCGACUUAUUCGAAAUCUUCUCGCUUUUCAGACGCCCCUCGAUCACUUCAGAGAUCAAGUAUUAAGGGCAACUCUGAUGGCCACUUUACUUCCGAGAAGGAUGGUUCUUUGCGAGGGGUUCGGUGGAAGGAUUUCCCAAGAGGCGAUUUAGGUGUAAACCAGGUACGUCAUUCAACAGGUAGGGUACCUGCCGAGAAUAUCUCAACAAAGGGUAUAGACAAGCAUGAACCAGUCCGUAAGAGUAAGCGAGUUCCCAAGAAACGCUCAUUAGAAGGAGUGCUUGAUGAUGCGGAAGAUGAUGAUGAGAUUCGAUACCUUGAGAAGGUCAAAACAGCUAGAGUAACUGCUGAUUAUGGCGUAGAACAUGGAGAAGAUGGAGGAAGAAAACAUCGGAGGAUAGCCAAGGUAGUGACUAGGAACGUUGACGGUCUUUAUGGCUUGGAUGUCGGAGAUUAUGGUUCGUCAAGAAUAAGCAAGGAGUCUAAGAAGUCAAGAUCGGGAAGAACCUCCGAAGAUACUGAUUAUGUGGAAGGGGAUGAAGAAUCGAUUUCAGAUGUUGAGCUAGAAAAUAGGAGAAAGAAAACCAGAAAGGAAGUUGUAGAUUUCCUGGGGGACAACAAGAAGGAACUGACUGUCACUACACGGCAGCGUGCACUGCAAUCAGGCAAAGAUGUCUCUUCUAGUGCUGCCGUUAGUCCGGUCGAGUUCCCGAAUGGAUUGCCCCCUGCUCCACCCAGAAGUUUGUAUCGUAUUAGUACUAUUGUUGCUUUUGUUGCCUUUUCCAUUCAUGCUAUCAUCCAACAUAAUCUGAUCACAGAGCAAAAAGAGGAACUCUCCGAAGUAGAGCUGCAACUGAAGAAAGCAGAGGCGGCUCAGCGACGCAGGGUGCAGGUCGAAAAGGCAGCUAGGGAAUCUGAGGCCGAAGCUAUAAGAAAAAUUCUCUGCCAAGAUUCGAGCAGGAAGAAACGAGAAGAGAAGAUAAAGAAAAGGCAAGAAGAAAUGGCACAAGAAAAAGCUACAAACUCCAUAGUAGUUGCAUCAGACUCUGUUAGAUGGCUAAUGAGCCCUUCGGGAACAAUCGUAACAUUCCCAAACGAGGUAGGCUUACCGAGUAUAUUCGAUCCCAAGCCUUGCGGUUACCCUCCUCCUCGAGAGAAAUGUGCCAUUCCAUCUUGUACAAAUCCAUACAAGUACCGAGAUUCGAAAUCGAAGCUUCCCCUCUGCAGCCUUCAAUGCUACAAGGCUAUGCACGAAACGCUUACCGCGUUUUAGCGAACGGAACUCGGCGGUAUGAUCAGGCAGCGAACUACGAUCGUAUCAGUUGUGUACCUAAGUCUGUGGAUGGAUGGUAUACUUAUGAUACAAUACCGAUAUAGGGAGUGUAGGAGAUAAAGGUAACAAUUAACAAGGAC